GGAAGACUUUCUAUUGGUCAUGGCAAUUCUCUAGAGAGUACCCCCACGUCUUUUAAUUUGGGGGUUUCUUCGUGCACUCACUCAAGUGUGCCCCUCCUCCGGAAUGACGGAAUAAUAAGCGGUGUAAAAAGCCGUGUUUGAACUUGCAGUCGGCUGGCUUCGUGGUUCUUUCUGCCCGGAUCAGAACUUCAAACUGCAACCUGGAAUCGGACCCGCUGCCGCGGUUAUAGCAAAUGAGAUAACAACUGAACGAGAACAAGAGUAGUUUAUACAAAAAAAAAAAAAAAAUACAGCAUCCUUUUACAUCAAAGACCCUGGAAUUUGUUAAUACAAUCUCUAUUGGAAAUACCGUUACUCAAAUUAAGGAUAUAACUAGAAUUUCCCGAUCAUCUGGAUUUACAAGAUCUAAAAUAAGGUUAUAAUUAUUAUCGCUAACGGCGAUAGCUGGUGAUUUUGAAAGGAAUUAACGAGGGGAGAAAAGGAAACGACAGCUGAAAAAAAAUCUACAGUAAAACUACCAGCCAGGCGUGGAAUUGACCUGUUAACAGAGUCCUUAACAGAAGACUUCGUAUUGGAUCUUGCUUCAGGUCAAGAUGUUAUUAAAUAUAAAACAUAUCCUGUGGUUAUCCUGCACCCUGACAGUAACACUUGCAGUUCAUAACAAGAGAAUCCCGGUUAUAAAGGUAGUAAAAAGCCCCCCUGUUACCGGGACUCUAGCUGGCAAAGUCGUGCUACCAUGCCACUUCUCUGCCACGCCCACAUCAGCACCCAUGUACAACGCCACCCACGACCACCUGAGAAUCAAGUGGACCAAAUUCGAGCAUGACACGGAGACCACAGUGCUGGUGGCCCAGAACGGGGUGAUUAAAAUCGGCUCAGAAUACAAGAAUAGAGUGUCGGUGCCCAGCCACCCGGAAGACAUUGGCGAUGCCUCACUGACAGUAGUUAAAGUUCGGGCAAGUGAUGCCGGCCUUUACCGCUGCGAGGUCAUGUAUGGAAUCGAAGACACCCAGGACACAGUGGCACUGGACGUGGCUGGCGUUGUGUUUCACUAUCGGGCCCCAAGCAGCAGAUACACCCUGAACUUUGAGAUGGCUAAAAAAACCUGCGAGGAUAUUGGGGCUACCAUAGCAACCCCAGCACAGCUCACUGCCGCCUAUGAAGAUGGCUUUGAUCAGUGUGAUGCGGGCUGGAUGUCUGACCAGACAGUCAGGUACCCAAUCACCAAGCCGAGGGCAGGUUGCUAUGGAGAUAAAAUGGGACGACCAGGUAUCAGAAGUUACGGCAUCAGAGACCCCAAGGAAACCUAUGAUGUUUACUGUUUUGCUGACAAGCUUGAAGGUGAAGUAUUUUAUGCAGCAGUUCCGUCUAAACUCACCCUCGAAGAAGCCAGGAGAGAGUGCAGGAAAAGGGACGCAGUUCUGGCAAACCCAGGUCAGCUACACGCAGCCUGGAGGCAAGGCUUUGACAGGUGUGAUUACGGCUGGCUCUCUGAUGGCAGUGCCCGCUACCCCAUUUCCAUUGCAAGGACUCAGUGCGGAGGCGGCCUGCUUGGUGUGAGGACUCUAUACCGAUACACGAACCAGACUGGCUUUCCUCAUCCCACAACAAAGUUUGGUGCCUACUGCUUUAAAGGUAAAGAGUUUACAAAGACGUUCACUGCUGUUGAAGUGUCAGUGGAAGGCAUGGAUUCACUACGUAAAAACUUAUCUCAAACAUCACAAGCAACAGUGAAGCCCACCAUGGCCAUCACUUUGAUAGAAGAGGGUAAAAGCUCAACAAAGGAUCCAACUUCGGAACCUGCAACCCCAGAGAAUGAAAUUAGUGUGGAAGCUGAAGUAGAGUCACAGACUGCUGCUGAUUUGCAUUCUGGAGUAUUCCAACCAAGAUCUCCACACCAUGAUAAACCAAAUGAGCAAGGUCCCCUUCUCACUAAUGAUGUCUUAGCAAGUUCUGUUGCCCCAGAGGCUGGCACUGCUACUUUGACUGUUGCAGAAAGCAUCCCUGUUGGCCGUGGAGAGACUGAAACUGUACAACCAGACAUCAGUGAGCAAAAUGCUACAGAGUCUCCAUCAAUGUUUUCAACAAGUAUGGCUAGUCCUGUUGAGCAAGAUACAUUUGAACCUGAACAGGACCAGGACAGUGAGACCACACGAGUGCCACCAACAUCUCUAACUGCAGGCAUGUCAAAAACAGCAGGAGUUUAUGCUUCCAGUGAAGCAUCAGUUCCCACUGAGGUGUCUAGCACUUCUGAUGCUACAGUGACAACUCCUGUAUCUAAUGUCCUGUCAGAAGAAGAGAAAAAUUCUAUUUUAAUUUUUGAAGAAAUCCAACUUGAGAGUGUGCCAGAUGUGAAGCCUAGAGGUGACACUUUUCAUCCCACUACAGAAGAAACCACCUUUCCAGAGGAGCUGACAGUGAAACCAAGUACAGCGACGGAUUCCAGGUCUGUGGCUCUACCAUCUACCCCAGUGAUACCGGCUAAAAUGUUGCCUCCAAAAUCUGAUGUUGAAGACGAUGCUGAAGAACAUUUGACAGUAGGUGAAGAGGUUCUUCAUGUGUUUACUACAAAGCAGCUCUUGGUUUCUACAGAGGAUGAAACUGGACCGAAUAGAGUUUUUGAAGUAAUCUCAACAGCUUCAAUGCCUCCAACACAGAAAAGCAAAGAGGAAGACCUUAUUGAGGAAAGCAGUGGUCUUGAUCAAUCCACUGUAUCUGAAGGCACAAGCACAAUUUUGGCUGAAGAGUUCUCAGAAGCUACAGCUAGACCUCAUGGGUUUACAACAUACUCAACUGUACAAACACGAACUAGAACAGUUUCCUCAGAUGUGUUGUCAUCCACAACAGUGACUGAAGAAAUCCAUAUGCAGGUUGAAGCCACCUACAUACCAAUGGAAGCCAAAAGUGAUGAUCAUGUUACAACAGUACUAGGUUCACAUGAAGCUGAAUCUGUGCAUUCACAACCUACUAACAAAGAACUACCUGAAAUUACUGUACCUACUGAAAGCACUAGUCUUAUUAGCAGCCAACCAGGAGAAGAAGUAGUAAGGACAACUAUAUAUAAAGAUGCCUCUGAUGUUGUAUACACAGAAAUUCCAGCUGCAGGCACUGUUACACAGCAAGACCUUAUUGAUGAGAAAAGAAGUGCCAUGGGCCAGGUAACAAGUUCAUUAGUCACUAGCAUUGGAUCAACACAGGCCUCUUCUCCUAGUCCACACAAAGAUGAAGAGACCUCCUCUGAUGAAGGAUCUGCCACGUAUGAGGAGACCACAACAACAGAAGCCGCCAGUCCUCGUGCAACAUCUCUGCCAGAAUCCCAACAAAUGGAAGACAAAGUGACUGCAACUGAAGCAGCUGUGGUUUCAAAGACUCCUCACACAACUGAGCCUGCAGGUACUCCCACAACUGAGCAGGCUGACACAUCAUUCAAAGACCUAGUAGGAGAAAGACAAACCAGUGUACUUCCAGAGGUAUCUGAAGGAUCUGCUGUGUAUGAGGAGCUUGGCGAAACAAAAGCCAGUACAACAGAGCCUUCUAAAGAACAACCAGGUGACGCCACAGUCCUUGCUGAAACUCUCAGAAUAAGUGCAACCAGUCUUUACAAAGAUGAAGACACCACUUCUUCUGGGCAGUUAGUUGAAGCUGAACCCCCCAUUGAGGAAGGAUCUGCUGUGGGUGAGGAGACUACAAAAACAGAAGACAGUACUCCUCAAGCAACAUCUGAACCAAAAUCUGCACAGCCAGCAACAAGCACUCUAGACAAGGUUGAAAUUAUCACAACUGAUGCAGCAUUGAUUUCACAGACUCCUCGUACAACUGAGUCUGCUAUGGUAUGGCAGGUUGUCACCUCCUCCAAGGUCUUUGUGGAAGGAAGUCCGGCCAGUGCAAUUUCAGAUGUAGCUGAGGGAUCUGCUAUGUUUGAGGAGCCUGAAGAAACAAAGGCCAGUACACUUGAACCUUCUAAAGUUCAACCAAGUGAAACCUCAGUUCACCUAACAGUAGGUUCUGAGGCUACAUCUAGUCCUCUCAAAGAUGAAGACCCCACCUCUACUGAACUGUUAGUCGAAGCUAUACCCACCACUGUGGAAGGAUCUGCUAUGUAUGAGGAUACUAAAGAAACAGAAGACAUUACUCCUCAUACAACAUUCAUACCUGAAUCUGCACAACCAGAAGACAAAGUUGAAGUGACUACAACUGAAGCAGCAGCGGUUUCAAAGACUCCUCACACAACUGAGCCUGCAGCUAGUCCCAAAACUGAGCAGGUUGACAUGUCAUCCAAAGACCUAUUAGGAGAAAGACCAACCAAUGCAAUUCCAGAUGUAGCUGAGGGAUCUGCUGUGUAUGAGGAGCUUGAAGAAACAAAAGCCAGUACAACAGAGCUUUCUAAAGUACAACCAAGUGAAGCCACAGUCCUUUCUGAAACUCUCAGAGUAAGUGCAACCAGUCUUUACAAAGAUGAAGGCACCUUUUCUUCUGAAAAGGCGGUAGAAGCUACACCCCAGAUUGAGGAAGGAUCUGCCAUGUAUGAGGAGACUACAAAAAUGGAAGAUAUUACUCUUCAGUCAAUAGCUGAACAAAAAUCUGCACAGCCAGCAACAAGCACGCUAGACAAGGUUGAAAUAAUUACGACUGAGGCAGCAUUGAUUUCACAGACUCCUCGCACAACUGAGUCUGCUAUGGUACAGCAGGUUGCAACAUUCUCUCUCCUAGUGGAAGGAAGUCCAGCCAGUGCAAUUCCAGAAGUAACUGAAGGAUCUGCUAUGUAUGAAGAAACUACAGAAUCAGAGAAUAGUAUAAUUCCUGCAACAGUCAGUGCUAAUUUUUCUACAAACGAACCUGAAUCUGCACAACCAGAGGCUGGAACAGCAGACAAAGUUGAAGUAAUUUCAACUGAAGCAGCAGUGAUUUUACAGAGUCUUCACUCAACUGUGCCUCCAAGUACUCUCAAAACGGAAUGGGUUUCCACCUCAUCCAAAGACCUGCUGGAAGGAAGUCCAGCCAGUGCAAUUCCAGAUGUAGCUGAGGGAUCAGCUAUGUUUGAAGAGCCUGAAGAAACAAAGGCCAGUACACUUGAGCCUUCUAAAGUUCAACCAAGUGAAGCCUCCAUUCACCUAACAGUAGUUUCUGAGGCUACAUCUAGACCUCACAAAGAUGAAGAUCCCACUUCUUCUGAGCUGUUAGUCAAAGCUAUACCUACCAGUGUGGAAGGAUCUGCCAUGUAUGAGGAUACUAAAGAAACAGAAGACAUUACUCCUCGAACAACAUUCAUACCUAAAUCUGCACAACCAGAAGACAAAAUUGAAGUGACUGCAACUGAAGCAGCCUUGGUUUCACAGACUCCUCACAUAACUGAGCCUUCAGCGACUCCCACAAAGGAGCAGGUUGCGACCUCAUCUAAAGGCCUAGUGGAAGGAUCUGCUAUGUUUGUGGAGAUGGAGGAAACAGAAGCCAGCUCCACUGAUCUUUCUACAGCUGAACCCGCAUCUGCACAACCAGAAGCAAGCACACUGGAGAAUGUCCGAGUAAUACCAACUGAAGCAACAGUUUCUGAGACUCUUUCAUCCAGAGUACCUAGCACCUCUCCUGUCAGCAAGCCUGUAGCUACCGAACAAUUAGCAACCUCUGCUGAACCUACAGUGGAAGAAGGAUCUGCUAUGUAUGAGGAGCCUAAUGAAACCAGCAGAGCAGAGCCUUCAGUACAACCAAGUGAAGCUGCCGUUGAACCGACAGUAGAUGCUCAAUCUACAACUAGUCCUCAAAAAGAUGAAGACACCACUUCUUCUGGGCAGUUAGUUGAAGCUGAACCCCCCAUUGAGGAAGGAUCUGCUGUGGGUGAGGAGACUACAGAAAUAGAAGUCAGUACUCCCAGUAUGACGUCCAAAUUUGAAUCUGCACCACCUGAAGUUGAAGUAAUCACAACUGAAGAAAAAGUGGUUGCAACCACUGGUUUACUAGGAAAGAAAGAGACAGUGUCUGAUAUAACAGAAGACACAGAAGGGUCUGCAAUGCUUGAGGAACAUUUCCAAGGUACACCACAUGAAGCGGUCACUGUUACCAAGCCAGAGGUUACAUCAGAACCUGCCGAUCCUAGCACAUGUGCUACUAGAAUGCAAGCGACACCAGCUAGUGAUGUCACUGUGUCACCAUCAGUCGCAUCAAGCUCAGAAAUUAAAGAGGGUGAGGCAAAGGCACCAAGUAUGACCACAGAGGAAACUGAAGGGUCUGCCAUGUUUGAGGAGACAAAGUCAACAGAAAAUACAGCCAAAGUUACCUCUGCACCUGAGUCAAGCUCCCCACCAGCAUUAAGCACUGUUAAAUUACAUGAAGGUGUAACUAAACCUACAGAGAUUCUUACCUCUUCAGAUAAGAUUGCAGGACAGCCAGUAAUUGUUUACAAAGAGGAAACUGAAGAACCAUCAACAGUUAAACCAACUGAGGCUAUGAGCAUGGCCUACACAACUGGCUCACCUGAUUUAGAAAUUCCAGUUCAAACAGUAUUGCCCAAAACAACUGCAGUAACCAGUAGACCACCUGUCCUCCUGGAAAGUGAACCUGGCGAAGACACAGUCAAAGACAUGGUCAUUAUUGAUGAGUCUCCAACUGGAAUGCAUGAAUCUUCUGCCGAAGAAACUAUGGGCAAGGAUGCCGUGUCAGAAAUUGAUACUGAAUACUUCACUACUGUUGCCACCAGACCUUAUUCUGUUGCCAAGCCAACUACAGCCACCUCAGAAAUCCUUACUGUUCCCUGUACAAAGAAAACUGCCACAGAAAAGCCUGUACCUUUUGGGAAGGUGAAUGUCAUUGUCAUCACCAUCAAAGGGAAUGGAUCAGAUGCAGUUGGCUCUGUUUUGGAUAUAUUGGGUCAACCACUUGAUGCUGACUCUUCAAGACCCUCAGGCAGUGUUUUUCUACCUUACCCUUUUGACCACCGAGUGCCUGCUGUGACUGAUGUUCCCAUUCCCACAGAUGUAGAAGGGGAACCCAUUUCUGAACGAAGCGGGGAACACGAUUUCUUUGCCUCUACUUCUGUGACCCACACUCCAGCUUUGAGCUUCAUAAAUGGGAAGCAUCAGGUGACACUUGAAACUGAGCAUCGUGAUGCAGAGGAAGCAAGAGGGGAUCAAUUUGAAACUGUGUCCCCCACAGAGAGUAUGCUUCCAGUCCAAGAAACAGACGCUGAAGACAUUGCUCCAGCAGAAGCAGCAACAGUACACACUUCCACUGGCCAGCCUGAUGUAAUUUCUGCACAGGUAUUAGAAGAUACAUAUACGACAGAUACAAAGCAACCUGAGGAGGUCGCCAAAGUGCAAGAUGACAACAAACUGGAACCAGAAAGUGGUGAUGCAACCGAGAAACCUGCUUCUGUCACUCCCCUUGCAACUUCCCAGCCCACGUCAACAACUUUAGUUGACAUUGAAAUUGUGGAAAGCGAUAGUCCAAAACAUAUUUUUCCUUUUGGAGAAGAGGAAGGCUCUGGAGAAGAAGCUUCCAGAAUGGAUGUAACUUUGAUGUCUACUGUAAUAUCAUCAGUUAUCACUGACAAAGAUGCAAUAGUUUCAGUCACAGAAAAAGAGGAAAGUUCUGUUGUCACAUCUGCUCCAGGUUUGUCAGACACUACUCUGACAUCAGCAGAUAAAGCAGAACCAGCUUCUCCUUCAGGGAAAACUACAGAACUGAUUACCAGCAGCAUAAAGGAGACUGGUGUUAUUUCCAAUCAGGAGGAAGAGAGCUCUGGAGAUGCUCCAGUCACCGAAGCAUCUGUCAAGACCACAGUUUCCUAUACUACAAUCUCUGAAAAGUAUAUUGUGAGCUCUUCGGUACCACUUGAUGACAUCACGGAUCAGGAUACUUCAGGAAUGGAGGUUGACGUUUCAAUUUUCCAGCCCCCUAUAUCUCCCAGCACGAUGGUGGAUGUAACCUCCAAAAGCACUAUUGCUCCACUUACAGUUGAACAAAAAGAAGAAGACACUCAAAAAACAUAUUUUCCAGCUUCAGUUGCUGCUGAUGAGUUUAUGAGCACAGCAGCUACAUCUACAUAUGACUAUGACACGAAAUUUGGUGAUGGAGACGUAGUGGGUGUUGAAAGCUUACCUCCUGUCGAAGUAGAUGAAGAAAGUUCUGGAGAGGAAGGGUCUGCUGCCGAGCCACUUAUGAGCACCACUGUAUCUCCUGCUUACAUCUCUGGUGCUGAGGUGUCUGCUACAGAAAGUACCUCUUCAAGACCAGCCAUCACAUUACCAGAAGAGGAGAGCUCUGGAGAGGAAGAACCUACGAGGAAAACUGUCAUUGCUCCAGUCACUACAGAAUCCCUGGUUCCUGAUAUUAGAGAUGAAGGGGAAAACACACCAACCACAGAGGUAACUAGUGGUGAAGAAUCUGCAACAGAAGCAACUAAAUAUGUUGAAAGAGCAACAAGUACAGACACCCUUUUAACAGAUAGCAAGAGUUCAGGAGAAGGUGCUGUCAAGACAGAAUCCAUGUUCCCUUCUUUUGUUACCAUUAGUACUGUUAGUACUGGAUUCAGCACUACAGGGGAGGCUGAAAAGACAUCAAUUCCUGAAAAGGAUGGUGAAACCGCAAUUACAGCAUCACCCACAGAGAAGGAUUCUGUGGCUUCUAGCAGUAUGGAAAAGGAGUUCACGGUUACCACUACAGAUAGCAAAAUUGCAAAUGCAGUCACUUCAUUCGCAGAACAAGAUGAAAGCUCUGGUGAUAUGCCUACAGAGAUAAUUACAACACCUAUACCCAGUUCAACAGAGAAACCAAAGACAAUAACAGAAGCAAAGAAAACUGAAGAGACCCAGACAGAUUCAUCGCUUGUAGAAGGCAUCAGCUCUGGUGAAGAGCCAUCACAAACAGAACCUCAUGUACUGUUUUCUACUGUCAUCCCCACAGAAGCUGCCAUAGCCAAGGUACAUACAGAUAAAGGGUCACCCAUGGUUACAGAAAUAAGCAGCACUGAUGGCAAAACACCCAUUACUUCUGAUCUGGUGCCUGAGGCUGUUAGCAUUGUUACUGUUAAUGCAGUUGAUGGUGUUGAGAUGGCUGUUACAUCUACUCCAAUGCUAUCUUCCGUGGUGUAUGAAAAGUUUGACGAGCAACAAGUUGUAUUUCCAAGUCCAACAAGCAGUCGAGCUAAAAGUGGCAUUGAAGAAAUCACAGCCACCACAAAACCUUAUGAAAAGACUCCAUCAGUAAUUAUUUUUACUGAAGAAAGCCUGGAUGAAGAUGAGUUGUUCUCGAGUCCAAGGGAUAGUGUUACUGAAGACCAGCAAAGCAUUGGGGUAAAAGCAACAGAAGAGACUAUUAUUGAUGCAGAUGCAGUUAAAAUAGAAACACCUUACAAAGAGUCAUCCCCACCUUUUCCUCCUACAGUUAUUACAGAAGAAGCAGGGGGUAUAGCAGCUGUGACCUUUACACCAAGGUCCUCUGGGAUACACGGUGAGACUGAAGGAUCUGGUGAACCUACUUUGGCUCUUACUUCUGAGUUUGAAACAACAGACUUCAAUGUUGAAGCUGUGACUUCUGAGUUUGGGGUUACUCCUACAUACAUAUCUAAAGGCAUGGUUCCAGUUGAGAAUGAUAGAGAACCCAGUGUAAGUACAGAAGAAACAUUAACAAGUGAAAAGGAGAAACACACGCAAACUGCACCUUUAAGUGAAUCAUCAGGAGAUGAAAUUACUGAGAUGGAUAUAGUCCCAGAAUCAGUGGAAACUACAGUUUCAGCAGAACCUUUUAAAGUCACAGCUCUUUCACCAGUUCAAACAAGUUACCUGCCCAGUGAAGAUCACACUGCUGCAUCAGAGAGCAAAUUAGAAGAAACAGAUAUCUCUACAUCACUGUCUUCUGCAUCAACAGAUGCAACGGAAUACCCAACCCCAGGACCUGAUACAGAACUUCAUUUAACUACUCAGCAUGAUAUAAUUGUUCAGUUAAGCAUCACUGCCUUGCCAAAAAUCCAAGUAAGUCCAUCUGAAGAUGCAUAUAAGGAAGUAUCAACUCCAGCGGAUGGAUCAACUCACAUAUCAUCUUCUGAUCAGUUACUUGAACAAUCUGCCACUCCAGAUCCACUGGAUUCUAGUGCAGAAGCCAGCCAAACACCUGCUGUUCUUGAAUUUGUUGAGGCAGGACCAUCCUCAUCAGCUAUUGAACCUUCCUCCAUAUUGACCACUGAAGUUCAAGAUAAGGAGAGUUCUGGGGAGGGAAUUACUCAAGUUCAAGAAGAAUCCACUGCUGGAGUAGUUGUAGUUACCUCAACAGAACCUUCAGCACUGUCAACAGUCUCGCAACUAGGACCUUAUCCAGUGGGUGACGAGGAACCUCCCCCCUCAUCUGAAACUAUUAGUAUAGCAUUAACAACAUCAACAUCCCCAGUAUAUGAAAGCACUCUGAUGGAAACUUAUGGUGAAGAGAAAAAAGAGGAUGCAUCCCCUUCACCUGUAAAAAUAUCAGAGCAAACAGAUGCUGAAGGUUAUGCCCCAUCUGCCAUUGAUGAGGAUAUCACCAGAGGUGAAACUUCAGUACCUGACAGUGUUAUGCCAUCUGCUACGGUAGAUAGUAUUGAUUCCCCUACACCAUCCAUAGGUGCUGUUGUGGACCAUGAGAGUAAAGCUGAAGAAGCAGAGACUUCAACUCCACCUGUUGUCCUACCAGCUGUGGAAACUCAAGAACCUCUUCUAGAGGAGACUGAAUCUUCUCCAACACCAGAUGAAGAGAUUACCCCAGUGUUACAAUGGGUUGAAAGCAUGCCACACUUCGAAGUAACUGAUGAACCAACAACAUCAAGUGAGAAGAUUGAGGACAGAGAGAUUGAUCACGUUUUAUUUGGCACCAAAUCCCCUGGAGAACAAGUUGAAGGUCAUAUGGUCCAGAUUCCAGGACAGGGUCUUUGUAAUGAACAGUUGUGCCUUAAUGGAGGUUCAUGUUACCCAAGGAGCAAUUCCUACAUCUGCACGUGCACACCAGGAUACAGCGGGGAGCACUGUGAAAUAGAUAUUGAUGAAUGCCAGUCGAACCCUUGCCGAAAUGGAGGCACUUGCAUUGAUGGCAUCAACUCCUUCACUUGCAUGUGUCUACCAAGCUACGCCGGGACUGUUUGUGAACAAGACACUGAGACCUGCGACUACGGCUGGCACAAAUUCCAGGGGCACUGCUACAAGUACUUUGCCCACCGCCGCACCUGGGAUGCCGCAGAGAGAGAGUGCCGCCUGCAGGGGGCACACCUCACCAGUGUCCUCUCAAAUGAAGAACAGCUCUUUGUGAACCGUUUGGGUCAUGACUACCAGUGGAUUGGACUCAAUGAUAAGAUGUUUGAGCAGGACUUCCGCUGGACCGAUGGCAGUCAUCUGCAAUAUGAGAACUGGAGACCUAGCCAGCCAGACAGCUUCUUUUCAUCUGGAGAGGAUUGCGUAGUUAUGAUCUGGCAUGAAAAUGGCCAGUGGAAUGAUGUACCCUGUAAUUAUCAUCUCACCUACACCUGCAAAAAGGGGACGGUUGCCUGCGGUCAGCCCCCGGUUGUGAAUAACGCGAGGACGUUUGGCAGGAUGAGGCCACGCUAUGAGAUCAACUCCUUGGUCAGAUACCACUGCAGAGAUGGUUUCAUCCAGCGGCAUGUACCAACUAUCAGGUGUAGAGGAGAUGGAAGAUGGGACGAACCAAAAGUAUCCUGCUUGAGCCCAUCCACUUACCAAAAGACUUACGCAAAGAAAUACUAUAACAACAACUUUGCCAAGAAUGAUAAAAGGAGCUCCAACAAAAAUCACGUGAGACAUGUACAUCGCUGGACCGACAGGCAAGAGGAAUGGAGGCGCUGAGCAGCUCCUGGGAGCCAGGUCUCCACACUCAUCCAGCCAAAGUCCUGAUGAACAGUGCCUUUAAUGUCAUGUAUUGGGAGGUUUUAAAAUGCAUUUCAGACAAUGGACUUCAGUGUUAAAAGAACACACCAGAAACAAGUGCCUGAUAAGUUAUCAGAUGUUUAAUUUUUUUUUUAAAGUCUAAAAUGAGUUGAAAGUCUUGUUAUCAAAACACACUGAGAAGUCUUUUUCUUGGGUGAUGUCUUUUUUGUUUUUUUGUUUGUUUUUUUGUCUUUUUUGUCGUUAUCUGUAAACUUAUUUCCGGCCUCAUACUUUUUCACUACACUAGUCUCCUGUUUAAGCAAUUCCACAGCACAACACAGCAGUCUGUACUUGUUAAACAAGUAACACCAUCUACCAGUCCAGUGAAGAAAAGAAAACAUGUAAAUAAGAGUAAUGUGACAGUUUAAUAAUGCUUAAAUAGUGUAAAUAAAUAUUCAUAUUUAAGCAGACAUAUUUAGUACUGGUUACUUACAAUUGGUCAUUUUGAGGAUCUUAUCCAUUUUUAAUGCUGCUCCAAGUUGAGGCUGGGAAUUGUUUGAAUAGCUUUAUUUAAAAAAAAAAAAAAAAAAAAAAAAAAAGAUUUGUGAAAGUAAGGAAGGAUAACUGAAAUUUAACUCAUAACUGAGGGCUUGUUUCCUGAAAAUGAAACAUUUUGUGCCAUUCUAUAUAGUAUAAUGCAUUCUAAAGCACAUACUAUGGAACCAGGCAAGCCUUACCUAGAGACUGCAAUACAGAGCCACUCACACAUUCAGCCAUCAUCGACCAAUCACAUUCAGAGACUGCCCGAGGAUAUGACUGCCUUGCUCAGAAUAUGUUUGGCCCCCAUUAGAGAUCAAAGUGCCAGUAAUACAUUAACACACUUUGUAUUUUGAUCUCAUUCACUCUCUCGGAUAUGGUAGCUUUGAGCGGUUCUCAAACAAAUGCGCUAAACUAAAAUUAUGUUAUUACAGAACUGCAUUUUGC